AUGGGUCUCCGGAAGAUGCAUUUCCAUGACUGCUUCGUUAGGGGGUGCGAUGCUUCCGUGCUUCUUAACUCCACCCCUGGGAACUCUGCAGAGAAAGAGGCCGCGCCAAACAACCCAAGCUUGCGAGGUUUCGAAGUGAUCGAUGCGGCGAAAGCUGCGGUAGAAGCGCACUGCCCUCGCAAGGUCUCGUGCGCCGACAUCCUUGCCUUCGCCGCGCGCGACAGUGCCUACUUAGCCGGCGGCAUCGACUACCAAGUGCCGGCUGGGAGGCGUGACGGAAGAAUCUCGCGAGCAUCCGAGACUGCCGGCAACAUUCCAUUGCCGAACUUGAAGGCCGACCAACUUAAGAAGAACUUUGCGAAGAAGGGCAUGUCGCUCGACGAGAUGGUCACACUCUCAGGAGCCCACUCGAUUGGCCGCUCCCACUGCUCGUCCUUCACCAGCCGACUGUACGGUGCUCAAGAUCCCUCCAUGGAUCCAGCCUUCGCGGCGCACUUGAAGGCCGAGUGCCCGCCGUCGACGGCCAACCGCACCGACCCGACGACGGUGGUCCUCGAUGCCGUCACGCCGGCUCGUCUUGACAACUUGUACUACUGGAAUUUGUUGAAGCACAGGGGAGUGCUGACUUCGGACCAGACACUGCAAGCUAGCUCCGAGACGGCGAAGCUUGUGUGGUACUAUGCAAAGGACCAGUCCGCUUGGGCUGACAAGUUUGCAGCUGCCAUGGUGAAGAUGGGUUCUAUCGAGGUGAUCACUGGAAGCCAGGGGGAGAUCAGGGAGAAGUGCUGGGUUGUGAAUUCGUAG